AUGCCUCGUUCUCGGAAGAGUAAGCUCUGUGCCCUUGGGAAGAACCAGCGUGUCCCAGCUGAAACCUGCGUUUCCAGGGGUGCUCAAGCAUAUGCAGUAGAGGAGGAAGUGUCUCCUUUGUCUCCUCCUUUAGAGGAUACUCCUGAGGACUCCCCUGGUGCUGCCAUGAUGGAGGAGUUAGGGAGCAUCCCAGCCAUCACCAUUCCUCCUGCUGAUGGAGAUGCCAAGAGCCAAGAUGAGGAAAUGCCAGGCCCCUCUCAGCCAUCAUCCUUCACUGAUCUCCCAAGAAAAGAUCCACUAACCAGGAAGGCCAGCAUGCUGGUGCAGUACAUGCUGCACAAUUACAAGAAAAACGAGCCCAUUUUGAAGGAAAACCUGCUCAAGACUGUCGACAAAAAGUACCAGGAGCACUUCUCUGAGAUCAUGAGAAGGGCCACCAACUCUCGACCGAGUUUGAAUAGUGAAGGGGUUUUAAGUAGUCGUAUGGGUGUGCCCAUGACUGACUUCUUGAUGAUUCUGCUGGGUAUGAUCUUUGUAAAUGGUAACAGGGCCCCCGAGGAAGAAGUCUGGGAAUUCCUCAAGGUGUUAGAGGUGUAUCCUGGGAGGAGAUACUCCAUCUUUGGGGAACCUAGGAAGAUUAUCACUAAAGAUUUGGUGGAGGAAAAGUACAUUGUGUAUCAGCAGGUACCCAACAGUGACCCUCCAAAGUAUGAAUCCCUGUGGGGUCUGAGGGCAUAUGCCGAAACCAGCAAGAUGAAAGUCCUGGAGGUUUUGGCUAAGAUUAAUGAUACUGUGCCCAGUACCUUUCGUUCUCUGUAUGAAGAAGUACUGAGAGAGGAGGAAGAGAGAGCUCAAGCCAGAACUGCAGCCAGGGCAACAAAUCCUGAGGCCUGA